AUGACUGAUGAAAAAGGAACAAAUAUUACCGAUGAAGCGGAAAAUUCUCUUCAAGCAUCACUUAAAUUAAUAUUAGAAACAAGUAAUAAUUCAAAAAUUGAACGUAAUAUUCAUAAUGUUUUACGUAAAAAUUUUCUUGAACAACAUUCUAUAACAUGGAAACCAAUUAAAGUUGAAUUAGUUGUUAAUACAUCAUUAACAGAUGAUUUUUUUGCUGUACGAAAAAAAUUUGAAAAAGCCGCUGCUGGUAAUCGUUGUGAGUUUGAAGAACGCUAUGCUUUUUUAAUAGAAAACGAUGCACAAAUUCUUGAUAUAUGUCACAAUGGUUAUCAUUGCAUGGAAACUUCUUUCAAUGUUCUAGGACAUAGUAAAUAUGGAAUAUACAUUUGCAAAUAUGCUGAUGUAUGUAUUCGACAUGCAAGUGUUCGUCGAACAUGGGAGGGUAAUGUAGUAAUCAAAAUGAUUAUUUUCAAGAUUGUUGAAGGAAAACAAACAGCAGCUCUUGUUCGAAAAGGACCUAAACUGCAACCAAUUGCACCUACACCUCAAUUUACAAGUCAUUGUUCAGUAAUUACACCAAAAGAAACUGAUGAUCUUGAAAAACAAUUUGAUCAAUCACAAAUAUUUCUUUACGAAUUUGAAGGUCGAGAAACAAUUAAACGGCCUCAUCAUUGUCUACCUUAUGCAAUUGUUAGUCUUAUUCAAGAUGGAAGUCAAUGGCCGACAAAUUUCGAUGAUUUAGAUGCAGAACCAGAUAUAUUAGAAACGGAUACAUUACGAGUCAUUGCACAAACAGAUGAUCCAUUAUUACAAAAUAAAUUAAAAGAAAAUGUUCAAUUAGCAGAAGCAGCUACACGUGCACUUGAACAUAUUUAUGAAGAAGAACCACUCCCACCCCCGCCACCAAUAGUAGAACAACUACAUUCACCAAAAACGAAUUUGGAAACAAUUUCUACGAUAGUAACAUCAGACAAUACAUCUACUUUUAUUACUAAUGGAACCGGACCAUCAUCAUCACCGACAGCAUUGAAUGGUAAUCGAUCAGCAACAUCAUCACCAGCUACGGCAAUAUGGACAAAUAAUAAUGAAACUUCAUUGAAUUCUAUAAUACCGCCACCGCCGCCACCACCACCUCCAACAUCAACAAGUCCAAGUACUAUAGUACCGGCUACAGCUGUAGCUACUACUCUACCAUUAGCUCAUUCUGCUGCAGCUAUUCAAGCUGCUUAUCGACAGACUAGUCUACUUGGUGCAAUGCCAACUGCAGCGGGAAUACGAGCACCAUCAAGUGUUUUAUAUACUACAACAGCUAGUCCUGCUAACAGUCUCACUGGACAAGUAAUCUAUGGUGGUGUACAAUUAGAUGCUCUUCGUAGUUAUCAAACAGCAGCUGCUACAACUCCAAUUGCAUUUGCUACACAUGCUGGUCAAACAAUACAACAACCAGCACUUUAUGCUGCUCAAUUACAAGCCAUUGUCCAACAACAACAAGCAGCUCAAUUAGCUGCUGCUACUGCUGCAACUCAACAACAACAAAGUUUAAUUAAUGGUAUACCUGCUGGUUACACAUUAGUACGUACAGCUGGUGGUGGUUAUGCUUUACUUGCUCAAAGUGCACAAGCAACUACUGCGGCAAUACAACCACAAACACAAUUUGUACAACAACAGCAACAACAACAAUAUAUUUCUUUCAAUGCAGCUGGUCAAGCAACAGCAACUGCAUCACGACUUCCAAUUGCUAUGGUUGGUGGCCAAGCACAACAAAUCGUUUAUCAAUAUGCUGGACAACCAACAAUACAAGCAGCUCCUAUACAAUAUAUUCAAUUACCAACUAAUUAUGCACAACAACAAGGUUUAUCAACAAAUUCAGCUGCUGCACAAGCUUAUAUAAAUCAAUCGGCAACUCAUUACAUUGGUACAUCGCAAUCAGCUACUACAAAUAAUUCAAAUGGUUCGUCAGCAAACUCAUCAUCAGCUGUAAUUCAAUCACAACCAACAUCAACAGUGAUUUCACCACAAAAACAAAGUGCUGCAACAGCUACAGCUGCAGCUAUUCAACAACAACAACAAUAUCAACAUGCAUAUCAUCCACAACAACAACAAUAUCAACAUGCAUAUCAUUCACAACAACAACAGUCAUCUGCUAAUGGUGCUUCUACGAAUAAUAUUUAUUAUGCUGCUAUGGCUCAAGCACCAGCUCAACAACAGCAACUUAAUUUAAUGACUCAGAUGCAAUAUGCUACUCAGCCAGGUGUACCGCAACAAAUGUAUUAUACAUCAACCGGUGCUCAAGCUAUUUAUCAAGCAGGUGGUCAAAGUUAUGUACUUGCACAAGCAACUCCAACACCAGGAUCAGUCACAACUACAGGGGCUCCAGUUAUGUAUUCAGCAGGUCCUACCUUGCAUAAUGGUACUACUCAACAACAUCCAUCUCAAUCUCAACAGCAAAUAGCAUAUCAAAUUACGGCUGCUACUGGACAACCGACGGCUGCUACUUAUCAAAUGAUUAAAUCAACAACAAAUCCAAAUGUUACUACAUCACAACAAUCAACAGCCGCUACUGGUGUUGUUGCUCAACAAUCUGCCCAACUUGUACAACGUUCAAAUGUAAUACCACAAGUCAGACAUCAUCCAUAUAGAAGUUAA